CAUCGAGGAAUCCCUAAUAAAAGUAAUAUUUAUCAUGAAUGUUCUACUUUUUGUAUUAAAAGAUGGAAGCAAGGUAAACUGGUACCGACUGAGACAUAUUUAGAACACAAGGAGAAAGUUUUAGAGCUAUGGCCCUUGCCACCAGGAUGGGAAGAAGUGUUUGAUGAAGGUUAUGGUCAACAUUAUUUUUGGAAUGUGCACACUAAUCUGGUUUCGUGGAUACCACCCGGACAUCCCCGUGCUGUGCCUACGGAAUCUGCCGCACAAUUGCGCGAAGAACGUCUGAUGAAAGAAGGCGACGAAAGUGAUGAAAGCAGUGAGGCCUCGGAUCAGGAAGUUCCGCAGAUUCAAAAAGAUAAGAAACCUGAUCGCCGAGAAAGAGAAAAGGAACAUUCACAUCAUAGAGACAAAAAAAGGCUCAGGGUCAAAGAUAAUGACUUGGAUCCAAUGGACCCAGCAUCUUACUCUGAUGUACCUAGAGGUAAUUGGACAUCAGGUUUAGAUACACAUUCUAAAACAGGUGUAGAUACCACAGCCUCUGGUUCACUCUAUCAAAUGAGGCCCUAUCCAGCACCUGGAGCAAUACUUGCAGCUAAUGCAAAACAACAUUCUCCACCACCUUCACCAUAAGACUUUCAUUAGAUUGUUUGCUAUUAUAAUACGUAAACUCAGACCUGGCAGUUUUCUUUACAUUAACCAAAUUAAAUGAAAUGGUUAGCUGCACUUGUUGUUCUUAAUGAAUUUGAUAUGUAACAUGUUUAAUUUCUAAAUGGGUAGAGCAUGUAACCUACCCAUUUGCAAGUCUUUUUAGCCUUCUCUGACAUUUCUGAAGUUUUAUGUAUUUCUGCACGAAAGUAUGCGAAGUAACAAUUUUUUUUUUACAAAAAUUCUAUUUUUAUUGCCCUUGUAUGUAGAAGCUCUUGCUUACUAAUAAGUACUCUCAACAAACCUUUUUUGAAUGCCUGGCAAAAAACAAUAUUUUAUAAAUAGGUAAUAAUAGACUUAGAUAUCUCAUAAUUCCAGAUUUAGGUGUCAGUGAAAUCAGAUGCACAUAAUUUACAAAACAAAGUAAAAAAAAAAAUUUU